AUGUCGCCUUGUCUCAGGUGCAUGAUUUCGAGGGGACUUAAAUUAAAACGCCCCUCACCACAGCUUUUAUUCCGAACACAACGCAUUCCAAGGACGUUAUCGUCGCAGUCACUUUUUUCGCCGCCGGAGGUAUUUCCCGCCCGCAGCGCAGGCCGCCCAGCAAGCCAGAACCAGCGUCGCGGCCUAUCAUCAACAACUCAAAAGAGUGCGGACUCGUCUGAAAAACUACUCGAUAAUCUUCCUAUCUGCUGUCCGGGAUGUGGUGCAUAUUCACAGACUGUCGAGCCGAACGAACCAGGAUACUACGGCAAACCCAGGAAGCAGACGCGGAAGCUUCUCUCCGGGACGCAAAAGACGACUGAGGCUGCUGAGAGUGAUAAUGGAAGUCCAGAUGAGGCGAAAGAUACAAAAUAUGAAGGAGAACGCGUUACAGCCGCCAUUCGGCAGCUCAACAAGGCCUCUGAGGAGAAAGUUGGUGCUCCUAAGCCACAACAUGGUGCUUUGCUCGAAAACACAGCUGCUACUGCAAGCAACUAUAUUGAAAAAUCCACCUUUUCUGUACACAUUUGUGACAGAUGCCACGACCUGAUGCACCACAACAAAGCCGUGUCCGCACCGUCGCCCACAAUCCAUUCCAUUCGAGAAUUCCUUGAUGAGUCUCCGCAUACGAAUAACCGUAUAUAUCAUGUCCUUGAUGCGGCGGACUUUCCGAUGUCCCUUGUUCCCGGGAUUUACAAAGCUCUUUCCAUCCAAGAACAACGUUCACACAACCGAAGAUCCAGCACUGAGAAAUACCGAGGAGGAAGGAAACUGCCUACUAUCACAUUCGUUAUCACUCGCUCCGAUCUCUUAGCUGCAACAAAGGACCAAGUGGACUCGAAAAUGGAAUAUAUGCGUUCUGUGCUCCGUGAGACCCUGGGUAGAUCUGUGGAAGACAAUCGCAUGGGAAACGUGCAUAUGGUUAGCGCUCACCGCGGCUGGUGGACAAAGAAAGUGAAGGAAGAAAUCAGAGAGCACGGUGGGGGAGUCUGGGUAGUUGGUAAAGCCAAUGUCGGAAAGAGCAGUUUCAUCGAGGCCUGCUUUCCGAAGGACUCGAAGAAUCUUGAAAAAAUGGCCGAAUUGAUUGAACGACGCCAGGAAGAAUCUCGAGUCAACCAACACGCUACACCCAUUCUUGAUCCUGAUAGCCUUCUACCACCUGCUCCCCGGGAAGAUCUAUAUCCUGUUCUUCCAGUGGUGUCAUCACUGCCUGGCACUACAGUAUCCCCAAUUCGCAUUCCGUUUGGUCGUGGAAAGGGUGAAAUGAUCGAUCUCCCGGGACUUGAUCGUGGCCAGUUGGAAGACUAUGUGCGUGACGAAUACAAACGUGACUUGAUCAUGACAAAGCGAGGAACACCUGAGCGCUUCACGAUUAAACCAGGUCAAUCCCUACUCCUUGGAGGAGGGCUUCUUAGAAUUACACCGACAGACCCUGACCUUGUAGUGAUGGCCGCCUCUUUCCUCCCCCUUGAAUCUCACAUUACAAAGACCGAGAAGGCGAUUGAAAUGCAGGUUGAGAAACGUGCAUACCGAGGAAAGACUAUCAUGAAAGAAGGCACUGGCGGUGUAAUAUCAUCCGCGGGUACCUUUGACUUGAAGUGGGACGUGACGCGAUCCCACCUCCCAACCGCAAUUGCAAAGGCCGUGGAGGAUCGAGGUGUGAAAAUACCUCCACUGCCAUACAAAGUGAUGUCAGCAGACAUCUUAAUUGAGGGAUGUGGCUGGGUUGAACUCACUGCCCAGAUCCGAUCCGAUUCGAGAUCUGACAAAACUGAGCCCCCAAGGUCCUUGCCACAGGUCGAAGUCUUCAGUCCCAACGGGAAACAUGUCGGUUCGCGAUUCCCGAUCGAAUGUUGGGAAUUCAUUGCACAAAAACAGGCCUCAGACAAUCGCAAGAGGGGACCACGAGGACGGCAAAACGCUGGGCAUAAUAGACGGAUCCAAGCAUCGAAGAUAUAA